UUUAAAAACAAUUUCCAUUAUCUUGAGCAGCUAUGCAAUACUGUAUAAGUAGUUCUGUGAGUUCAAAGUGUUUUUUUUUUCAGCAGCAUUCCUUAGCAUCAGAAGGAACUUCCAGGUGUUUCGACAUUGCUGAUAACUAGAAGCAUAAACAUCGUAGUUUAUGGAAUUAGAAAGUAGUUAAUAGUAUUGUUUGCGCCCGAAGUAAACACUAGUUUGUGUGGGCGAUACGUGUUAAGGACGACGAAAGUGUCAAACGAACAGCAAAUAUGCUGGAAUGUACGUUCAAUUUGUUUCUGGGGAUUUUCGCUGUUCUAGGAGGAGUCUGGCUCGCGGGUCGAUUUCUUCUCAAAGAAGACGUAGUAUACAUUCCCGACGGAAAACGGCGUCAUGCGUGGAAGUCCGUGAAGCUGUUGAAUCGAUCCUGCUUCUGUUCGAUAUGCGAAAUAUUGAUGUCAUCGAAUGGAUUAUUUUGUGAAAAUUGCGGUGUAUGUUCCGAUAAUGGUUGCGUUCGUAAGGCAGAUGUGGAGUUCCGUUGUAAGGAGCUUCGGAUUCGUACCCGGGCGGAUGAUGGACGAGAGAGUCGUCACCUUUGGGUGAAGGGAAAUGUCCCACUUGGAUCGGAAUGUUGCGUCUGCUCGGUGGAUGUAGACCAGAUCAGCGAGCCGGGAUUAUACGGGCAGCGUUGUGCCUGGUGCCAGCGAGCGGCUCACGAUAAAUGUUUUAGCGAGAUAUCCGGAAGUCUAUGUGAUUUUGGGGAGUUCAAAGACAUGAUUUUUCCUCCAAAGUGUGUUUUGGCCUCUCGCAGUAAGGGAGCACUGAAGGUUCAUUUAACCGGUAUUGUUCCACCGGAAUGGAAGGACCAGUGGAAGCCGUUGAUUGUAAUUGCAAAUUCGAAAUCCGGCAGUAGCGGAUCUCCGGAAAUAGUUGCUCAAUUGAGAGGAAUUUUACAUCCGUUGCAAGUGUUGGAAUUAUCCCAUGGUCCUCAGGAAGCGCUACAGUGGGCGAUCUUUGCAGCUCCCGCAACUUGUAGGAUUCUGGUAGCUGGAGGUGAUGGAACCGUCGAUUGGGUAUUGAACACAAUUUUGCAGAUGCGAGUUGAACCUCAACCAGAGGUGGCAAUUCUACCGCUGGGAACUGGUAACGACCUGUCACGCGUUCUCGGUUGGGGCUCUGAAGGCCCGGAUGUGUUCAAUCCCAUAGAGUACUUGCGUAUGGUUCAAAAGGCACAACCUGUAAAAUUGGAUCGUUGGUUGAUGGAAAUCGCUGUGCAUCACCAUGGGAGAUUCCACGUGCCCCGAUUCCAUUAUAGACGAAGUGUGUUCGUUUAUAAUUAUUUUAGCAUAGGAGUGGACGCGUUGGUUACUUUGAAUUUCCACAAGGCUCGAGAAAGCUCGCUGUAUCUCUUCAGUAGCAGAUUUAUUAAUAAGGCUUUGUACCUCUGCUUUGGAACGCACCAGGUGGUUCAGCAGGAUUGUGUUGACUUGGAGAAGAAAAUUGAACUGUUUUUAGACGAUGUAAAAAUCGAUCUACCGGAAUUGCAGUCAAUCGUCGUACUUAAUAUCGAUUCUUGGGGCGCCGGUGUCAAACUUUGGGAAAUGAGUCGCGACUCGCCGAACCACGGAGGUAACAUUCGCGAAACACACAGCAUUUCGGAUGGAAUCUUGGAAGUGUUUGGUGUAGUUUCAUCUUUUCACAUCGCCCAGCUACAGGUUGGAUUGAGUAAACCAGUCCGACUGGGGCAAGCCCGCAGUGUGAAGUUGCAAAUUUACAACACACUUCCGGUGCAGGCGGAUGGUGAACCGUGGAUGCAAUCGCCCUGUGAUAUUACCAUUAAUCAUUGCGGUCAGGCCACCAUGCUUCGCAAUACGUGCCAGUGAAUACGAGUAAGUAUAGUUACCAGAUAAGUGCUCUCUCUCUCUCUGUCUGUCUUUCGCAAGUCGAAUCAUAUCGAAGGAAACUGAAGAGCAUUUCUAUUGUCGCAAUUCUCAAUAAGGGCGGUGGGAAAAGAUCCACAAUCGCUUGUUUUUUCAGAUCUGUCAUAUCAUAUUUUGCUAUGGACAAUAAUGGGUACCAUGAUUUCAUGGAAUUGUGAUUUUGAACUAUUUUACUAACGCUACUGUGUUGUAUUGUUGUCUUUUUGAGAUUAUGCUCUAUGGUUGUUUCCGCUUUAUCAUGGCUGAAUUGACAAAUUAUACUGCCAUUCCAGCACGUUCUCAAAAUAGUGAUAUGCAGCAGAAUCCGUUCAUAAUUGUGUUUUUUAUUGUGUUGCUUAAAAAAUAUUAAAAAAAAAUGCAAUUUCAGGAGGCAUUCGGUUUUCUAAAUUUCAUUGUUGACGGCACCUGAAUCAAAAUAUCAAUUUACUUUCCACGGGUACAUAUUGCUUGCCAAAUAAGGAAUAUCAACGUUAACCGAUUCCUGAUUGUUUAGAGUACCGGAUUUUCCAUAUGAAUGUCAACAUUUUUUCACGAAUCUUCUAAUCGAUUCGCUAUUGUUCGCAAUAAAACAGCAAACUUGAAAGAAGAGAAACAUUUGGUUGAGUUUCGUGAUCGCCCUUCACGUGACAAUUUUGUAAAUGCUUUGUCAAUCUUGUUUUUUAUAUAUUCCACGCAUUCAGAACGAUAUUUCCAACUGUAUGAUUCGGCAUCCUAGAGCCAUAAGAUAGAUUUAUAAUUAACGAUAUUGACUAUAACUUAUAUAUAAACUAGGUGUAAGUUAUUCAUAAGAGUCGAUAUAUGCAAAUAUCUCGUUUAAAAAUCCUCCAAAAAAUCUCAUGUAUGAAAUCUAAUCAGGCCCGCCAAGUGAGUAUGUUUGCUACCAGUGUUCUUGAAUUAUUGGCAAACGUGACUUGAAAUAUUUUUUAAUCCAUAAGAAUUAAAACCUCUAAAGGUUCUCGAUCAAAAUCCAGAAAGUUUUUUAUCUUUUUUCAUUAUGAAUGUAAGUCUGAAGCUGUUGGGAAAUUUUUGUUAUGCAGAGUUUUCAUGUUCACACAAAAAAUUUAUAACGUAUAAGUGAAAUUUUUUCGCCAGCUAUGAUGACCGUCAUUUCACUCCCGAGCUACUAGUAGCGAAGUAGUUUGCGUGAAUUUAUAUACCUCAUGAUUGUUUGCAAUGAUGUACUUGAAAUUAGAACACGUCUUUUCCAAUCUCGGCUUAUUCACCAAUGAGGGGUGGCCAUUUUUUGUAAUUGUAUGUUUUUUUUGCAUUAUUUUUGUUAGAAAUUACUUUUACCGAUCGAAUUAAAAUAAAUAGUUGUAAUUUAUGGGGGUUUCAACGUGUACUUUAUAGUGAUUGCAGGUUUAAAGCUGUUCUAUUUAUUAUGCAUUUUUAAUAAAGCAUUUUGGGAAGAUUUUUUCGAGUAUGUGUACGUCAUAAAAAUAUUUAAAAUUUACUCAUUAUAUGUGUCAAAUGCGCUUAAGUCCAAAUAUACCAAAUUGAAAUAAAGAUAUAUAAUAUGUG